AUGGCUCGACUUCCGGGCAGCUCACCAGAUGAUAAGCUCACUGUGCUCUGGCGUUCUGCCUGCGAAGAAUACGCCCGAGAGACUGGCACUGCGAUCGUCGAUGAAGCUUUCCCUCGUAUUUUCAAUCCCGAGGAUCUUUCCCGUCAACUAGACGCCGAAAAUGGCCGUUUUCAGGACUUUCGUACAAAAAAGUCAUCGCUCUUUCAUGCUAUUCAAAUGGUACUGUCCCCCUUUGAGAAUUGGGGAGACGUGAUUACCGAUGCGGUUUCCGCGAGUUUCCCACCUGCGUCCUGCAUCAUGGGGGCCAUGAUGCUUCUGAUUCGAGGCGCGCGCAAAGUAAGCGAAUCGUUCGAUAUGUUGACGGAUUUGUUUUACAAACUUGGCAAUUUCUCGUUGCGUCUGGAAUCGUAUAAAGGUGUUCCGUUGAGCGAAGGGAUGAGGACUAUUAUUGUCAAAGUUCUGGUCAAUGUUUUUCGAGUUUGCGCGGCGUCACAAAAGCUGCUUAAUCGUGGAUCUUUAAGGACGAGAGUCACAAAAUGGGCGAAGAAUGUGUUUGUGGACGAUACAUCGAUUAGUUCUUUGCUCGGUGAGCUGGAAGAGUUGACCAGUCAGGAACAUAAAAUGGUUUCUGCUCAUGGGCUCGCUCUUACAAACCAGGCGCUUAGAAAUACUGCGAAAUUGUUGCAACGAGACGACGAAAGAAACGACCGCGAGAGACUGGACAAAUUGAAAAAGGCUCUAGAUCCCGUCUCUGCAUCUGGCCAGGUAUUUUCCUCGAUCAAUGAAAGUCGAAUGCCAGGAUCGGGUAGCUGGGUAGAGGAAAGGAUUAGAUCAUGGUGGCAGGGAUCCGAAUCUCUGCUCUGGAUUCAUGGUGGUCCUGGCGUAGGCAAAUCAUACAUGGCUUCGAAAAUCAUCAACGACCUCGCAAAGGCAGAAACUUCCGCCGGAUUCCCGCCGAUUGUCGCCUCUUUCUUCAUCAAGAACAACGAUGUCGAUCUGCGUUCAUUGAAUAAAGCGUUGAGAACUCUGGCAUGGCAAGUAGCUGUUCGACAGUCGAGCUUCGCGGCGCAUGCUGAGGAGUAUUGCUUGAAAGAAGACAUAGCAAAUAGCUACGACGUUUGGAGGAAACUCUUGCUUGAAUACUUCAGCAAGUUUUCACCAGAUGUCGGACCCUGCUGCUUUGUCAUUGAUGGUAUCGACGAAGCUGAUCCCGAGGAGCAAGAGAUACUAUUCAGUCUGCUAGAAAGCACACAUUCAGCAGAGGAUGAAACUGCACCAGUUCGAGUUAUAUUUCUAGGCAGGGAUUCGAUACGCGGCGUCCUCGAAGAACACAAUCUGGACUGGAUUCCAGAAAUCGAAAUCAACAAUAACCAAAACAAAGACGAUCUCCAUAGAUAUGUCUCCCAAAAACUUCAGAAAACUAAAUUGUUCCGCGAUGCUUCGGACUUUCAAGAUGAGGUCAUACGCGAAAUAUGUGCGCAAGCAGAAGGUCUCUGGGAAUGGGCAAACCUCGUCAUCAAAUCUGUCACGCGCUGCCGGACCAAAGAGCAAAUUCGGAAAGUGAUUCGGACAAUCCCCCGAGGUAUUAGUGCAAUGCUGCAUGCGGAACUACAGCGCUUGGGAAAAGAGUUGUCGGUCUUGGACGCGACGUUGAAUGACUUGGCUGAUGAGCUUUCGGACAAGGAAGGAGCAUCUGAGAAGGUAACGGCCACACGAACUCAACAGCUCAGUAUCCUUCUUACAAUUGUGACGAAAGCUAGAAAGCCGUUCUCUGUAGAUCAGCUCGGCUACAUAUUGGAGAUUCUCCUUGACGAGGAGGUCUUGAAUCUUGAGGAUGAUCUUCAUAAAGUAUACUCGUCUCUGUUCUCGCUCCGACCCGCUGGCUCUUUUUACGAAUUCUUCAGCAAAUCUGUGGCGGUUGGUCCUAUCCAUGUUGAUUUAGACCAAGCCGAGGCGUUAUUCUUAUACGUCUUACUACAUACACUUUCGAAGCGACGCACUGAACCAAUGACAGAGAAGCUAUGGCAUUUGAACCAAUAUGCACAAAAAUUCUUACCUAUGCACCUAUCGAACGCAAAUCCAGAAACGGCAACGAAUCGAGAAGAUAUAGCCCGUUUAUUUGAAACUCUCUUCACGGAGGAGUUCACAUUCAACCCUGUACAAAUUGCCGAGAUACAGUGUCUUGAGAAGACUCCCAUCUGGCAUGCAAGAGUCGCCCAGGCGAUGCUUCACCAUCAUGCGUACAGUGCAGCCCUUGAACAGUUUCAAAGCUCUCUCGAUAAGAAUAAUGAAACCCCUAUCCUGAGCGAGCCAGCGAUAGCAAUCAUUCACAGGGAUAUGGCUCGUUCCUGUACCGAGGUUGGAAAAUAUAAGGAGGCACUAGAACACUCGAGUCUGGCCGAGUCGCUGCAAGAAGAGGACUCCGGGAACAUUGGCGACAAGGUCGGCAAGCUGCUCAAUCUCGCACAAGUAGAAUACUAUGCGAAAUUGACAGACAAAGCUAUUGCUACACUGGAGGAAGCGUGGAAAGUAUUUGCGGGACAAGAGGUAACGUAUCGAGAUUACUAUUCUUACACUGCGUUCUUUUCGAGCUUUUUCGAGUUUCAUCAGCCGCAUCGAAUUCGACCUGCCUUUGAUUUUGCGUUGACAGAUCUUCGGGGAAUGCAGUCCACCGAGAACGAGAUGGAUGAUUUUAUUGCUCGCCUCCUGGAUAUCUUUACGUUACCCCGUAUGUUGUACAGAGUUUUCCAGUGCCUGUUGAUGGACGACGAUAGAAAGUACAUUGACCUUCUUGUCUCGAUAAAUACCUGGCUGGAUUCAAACCCAUUUAGAAGAGUCAAUCGCCCCGCGGAGGCCAAGUACUACCUCGGUUCACUGAUGUUCGAAUAUGGCUUAUUCAACCAAGGAAUUCGAGUUUGGUACGAGCUUAACUUUCUCACACCGGGGGAAUACGACUUGUGGAGUAGAGAAGCUCAGCCACGAUCGCGAAGUCGCCUAGCGGGUGUGUGCCUCUACCAUCCAGAUAUUCCGUCAUAUGAAGAAGCUCCUCUGUUAUUGGAUGAAAGCGACGAAUCUGGUGACAUCUGCCUGUUCGUCUCGAGUUGGCUACGGGAUCACGAUGAUGCUGCGAACGCUCGCGUGGCUCUUCGCGGUCGAGUGAAGAGUUUUACCAAGCAAUUUCCGAACGACCGCGACUUUAUUGAUGAUAUAUCGCUUAUUGGCCUUUUCAACACAUUCUUGAUCGCUACUGAUUGUGAUGAAGAUCUAAACGAAGCCUUGUAUCUACUUAAGGUCGGGUACGAGGAAAUAAAGAAAAGAAAUAAAGAACAUCUCAGGUUAGAGACUGCGGCUGUAGCUCAAGACCACAAGGCAAUCAGUGGGCAACACGGUGACUCUGAAAAUGCUAGCCAGUUGCCAUCUGCCGAUGGUGAAACACAGGAAACAACUGAAGAGGUCCCUGAAGAUCAAAUUUACCAUAUACUCGAUGAUAUCAGCGAGUGUGCCCAUUGCAAGUGCGAUUUCUACUCUAUAUGUCAUUGGUACUUCUGUCGUUCUUGCCCAUUAAUGAAGCUGUGUCGACGCUGCUACCGCGAUAUGCAGUCGACUAUUUCCAAUGCAGAUACUGCCAGUCAUUUCCAGGGCAUUUGUGAUCCUCGGCAUGAAUUCUUUUAUAGCGGCCCGCCGCUUCGGCCGGAUGAAUGCGUACCUGAAGGCUUGAUGGUCCUGCAAAGUCCUGACGGCGAGAAACAGACAAUAAAUAUCGGAGAAUGGAAAGAGAAACUGUCGGAGAAGUGGGAAACAGCGGACUUUGUAUUCGAAGGUGGACUGUCCUCUUGGUGUAUGCAAGUAUUGCCAGAGCCCCAGAGAUCUCGGUGGGCUACCUUUUUCAAGACGUAA